AUGGAAUUUGCACCUUCAUCUCCCACCAUUUCCUCUUCCCCUCGGCCAAGCAGUCCUGCUCACACUAACUCCAGCAGUGCAACCCGUGUAGAAACAACUUCCUUUGAUUUUUUUCUCAAGCAAACAAACAACUCACCUUGUUUGAUGACAUCUGAAAUAGGCUCUGAUUAUUCAGGUUCUCCCAAAAUUCCUCUCUCCCCAGUAGAUGAGGUGCCCAACUCUCCUGCAGUGAGAGAGGGCCUAUUGUAUAGCCUGUCCCGUCGCGGAAAGUGUGGCUUGACAUCCCCGUCCCAUCGUGGGAAGCCUGGCUAUCUACAUUCAGCGAAAGAGCUACCGCGUAGCCCUUCACCUCGUGGAAUGUGUCGCAUUUCAUCUCCUCCCCAUCGUCCAUCUUCUCCUAUCGGACAUCUUACACCCGCUUCUCCAAUGAGGCUCUGCAACUCAACCCCUCGUUUGUCUUCUCCUCCAGUUUCUCCCCUUUUGGGGAAGCUCACAUCUGCUUCUCCAUUGGAGCUCCGUAUUUCGGCCCACACAUCAGGGCAAGAGUACCGAUCGGAGUUCACAGCCAAAGACAUCGCAGAGCACGAGGAGUUGAUCAUGAAGGGCCUCGCGGAAAUGAACUUGUCAACCUUGUAUAAACUAUUCAAGGCAAGGCUUUCUGGCCGCAAGGCUGCACGCCAACAUCUCGCGGUUACAACCUGGAAGGUUCAAGAGGCGAAGGAUUACUUAGAAUUUUCACAGGCGCUCAAUGAGGAUAACAAAAUGCACCUUCGAAAUUCUGAUGAAGAAUUGCGAAGAGUUAGAGUCGCUUUCACCGGCCAUAGCCAUUCGGAAAUCGAGGACGACAGGAACUACCUUCAAGCUGUUUAUGACGAUGAGUGCAAUAUUCUUCGCGCCAUCGCUGCCCAGGCAGACAUAAUGGGAAAGGUUCUGGGCCUGAGUGCCAAGAGUGACUUGCUAUCAUCUAGGGGGGAAUCUUCCCAUCACCCUCAUUUCACCAGCUCGGUUUACCGCAACGGUUCCCGCACAUCCUCCGAAGAUGGUGAUGAUGGCAACGAUACCAUGGACUCGGAUGAUGACGAAGAAGCUGAAAGCCACAAUGCAUAG